AUGAAGAGAAGGAUAGGCAGUGUAAACACUCUGCAUCAGCAAAAUGCAUCAAUGCAAAUCAAGUUUGACAAAACUGACCUAUUACACAAUCAGAUUCCUCAUGAAGAUCCAUUAGUCAUCAAUUUGACAGUGGUCGAAUGUUUGGUACGCAGAGUUUUAAUUGACCCAGGAAGUAGUGCGAACGUCAUGCCAAGGGACACAUUUGAUCAGCUCGAGAUUAACCCAGACCGGCUUAAGCCCACCGGGAAUCCCUUACUAGGGUUCGAUGGAAAACGAGUGGAGCCCAUCGGUAUGGUGGAAGUAGCCGUGUAUGCUGUAGAGAGGGUUCUGAUGGAGAGCUUUAUGGUUAUCGAGAUCCAUCCUUCUUACAACCUUCUGAUGGGUAGAGGAUGGAUCCACAGAGUUCAAGGUGUUCCUUCUACUCUACACCAAGUGAUGAGAUGCCUGGGGCCAGACAGCACCAAGAUCGAACAAUCUAGGCCAGAGCGAACAACCCGUGUGGGAGUAGGACUCACUGAGAGGGAAAAGCAGGAAUUAAUUGAUUUCUUAUCUCACAAUGCCAAUGUAUUUGUAUGGAGUCACUUAGACAUGCCUGGAAUUAGCCCUUUGGUAUCCUGUCACUCCCUAAACGUUGAUCCCAAUGCAAGACCUGUAAAGCAGAGGUAG